AUGUCACGAUUAUUGGAUCUCAAUUACCAGCUAGCCUAUUACAAGGCAUACCAUUUUCAUCCUAAAAACGUUGGGAUACACUUGAUGUGUAUUCCAUUAAUAUUUCUCACAGGGGUGAUCAUGGCAGGUGCUGUUGACUUGGGACCCGUCUCCCUUGCUCAAGCCGGAAUGAUCGGUUAUGGUAUUUAUUAUCUCUUGCUGGAUCCAGGUAUGGGUCUUGUCUCCCUGAUAUUUGUCUUUGCAGCGGCCUAUUCUUCUACAUACCUUCAUUCUCAUUUCCCAAGCUCUCAGGUCAACUUCUAUGCGUUGGGUGUUCAUGUUUCUGGUUGGAUUGCACAAUUUUUCGGUCAUGGAUACUACGAGAAACGGGCUCCUGCAUUACUGGACAACCUUAUUCAGCCGCUAGUUUUGGCACCAUACUUUGUUCUGUGGGAGAUUGCGUUUGAAUUUGGCUACAGAAGAGAUCUGAAGAAGGCAAUGGAAAAGCAAGCGAAACAAAUGCGCAAUGAAGCUGAGCGGAAGCGAUCAAAAGCCAGCACAUGA